AUGCAGAGCGAGCGCUCGCCGAAUGGUCGGCAGAAACGCGCUUCUUUGAUCAGGGCGGCCGAAAACAUAAAGAAAGCUGUGCCGAAGAGAAGACAACACGAUGAUGAGUUUGAAGUGGAAUCGAUUAUCUCUCAUACUGUUAGGAAUGAACAAAUCCUAUACACUGUAACUUGGGUUGGAUAUCCUGGAGAAACCACUGAAGUGACUGAAGAUGACUUGAAGAACUGUCAAGAGCUUCUUCAAGCAUACAAAAGCAAGCUAAUUAGUUGUGGAAGCUUGGAAACGAAGACAUCAGGUGAUGAUUCGGCUUCACGACCCGAGGAUGCUAAACGACGAUCAACGGGCGGGGAGAAUCGAAGCGAAAGGCUUUCUUCUUCAUCACCUACAAAACGUGUCGAUAGGGGCGACAUAGUGAAUGACACCAUGAAGAAUGCUGCCAACGCUAAAGUAAAUUCUACUCAGAAAACGAAAACGAAGAAGAAUACGAGUGCAUCUGAGUCCAAUGGUGUAUCGAAGUGUAAUGGAGAUACGUCUUCCAGUCCACCAAAUAAGCGCACUCGAAAGACAAAGCAUGAGAUUGUGCCUGAUGCCCAACUUGGUUACACUAACGGUUGCGCUGUUGAUGCGUACAAAGGAUUCUCUAAUAAUUAUCCUGAGCCAGUCGUCCUUGUAAGCUACAAAGAGCCUUUACCGUGUGGUUUCGAGAGUAAGCAAGACGAGAUCGUUCCCAUUCGCCUCAUUGCGGAGGCGGAUCCAAAGGUUAAAUUUCCGUUGGUUUAUAGCUGCGAGUUAGAAGCUGGUACUAAUGUUUGUCCUUCUGUUAUGAAGCUUGCUGUUAUUGUGAUCACUAUGGCAGUCCUGUUGUAA